AUGACCUCCCCAGCACCCACCCCAAACACCCUCACCGAAUCCGGCAUAACCAUCCCCUCAGACAGCGAAACCUACGACGCAAACCCAGACCUCUCCCCCUCGCCCGCCUCGACCUCCUCGACCUCCUCCCCCUUGAUCCUGUACAAGCCGCCCACGCUCUGGGGCCUACUACGCGGCGCCGCCAUAAACCUGCUGCUACCGUUUGUAAAUGGGUUGAUGCUGGGGUUCGGGGAGCUAGUGGCGAAUGAGGCGGCAUAUCGGUUGGGUUGGUCGGGUACAAAGAUAUUUCCAAGUCACCGAUUGGGAUCUUCGACUGGUCGACGUGUGGGACCGGGUGUAGAGAUGCGUGCGGAUCCUGUGGAGCGGAGGCGGCGAAAUGGGCAGGAACUCGACAUGUAUACCUCGUUGGAGUAG